GAAAUAUUCUUCGCCAUUGAUUAUCAAGAAAUUCAUUCGUGGACUUGCAAGAAAUUAAGGGUAUUUUUUCAAUCAUCCGUCUUCUCCUCAAGUUUUAGGGUUUCUGAUUGUAUCUUUCCGUCUGUCGUAGCAGAGGAUUUGAACCUGUGAUUUUGGUCUGGAAUUCCAUGUAGUUGGCCACAAGUUAAGGUUGCUAUAAUAUGGAAAUGAGUUUAGUGGGGUUUGACAUCGGAAAUGAGAACCUUGUUAUAGCAGUAGCUAAGCAACGAGGAAUUGAUGUCUUGUUGAAUGAUGAGUCAAAACGGGAAAAUCCAGCAGUGGUUUCGUUUGGCGAGAAGCAGAGGUUUUUGGGCUCUGCUGGGGCUGCAUCUGCAACUAUGAAUCCCAAGUCGACUGUAUCUCAGGUCAAGAGGUUAAUUGGUCUGAAUUAUAGUGAGCCUUCUGUGCAGGAUGACCUAAGAUUGCUCCCGUUUGAGACAUCGGAAGGACCUGAUGGAGGAAUCCUGAUUCACCUGCAAUACUUGAAUGAAAGACACACUUUUACCCCUGUACAGAUUUUGGCAAUGCUGCUUGCCCACCUAAAGCAGAUUGCAGAGAAAAAUCUUGAGAUGCAGAUUUCCAACUGUGUGAUCGGUAUACCAUGUUACUUCACGGCUUUGCAGAGACGUGCAUAUUUGCAUGCUGCACAGAUUGCAGGGUUGAGUCCAGUAAGGCUGAUGCAUGACUGUACUGCUGUUGGACUGGGUUAUGGUAUAUACAAAUCAGAGUUUCCAGACAGGGGUCCAGCAAAUGUUGUGUUCGUAGAUGUUGGUCAUAGUGAUACACAAGUUGCUGUUGUAUCAUUUGAGCCUGGCCAUAUGAAGGUACUAUCCCAUGCAUUUGACAGCAACUUAGGAGGAAGGGACUUUGAUGAAGUUCUGGUUAAACAUUUUGCAGCCAUGUUUAGGGAACAAUACAAUAUUGAUGUUUAUUCUAGUACCCGGGCUUCUAUUAGGCUGAGAGCAGCUUGUGAGAAAUUGAAAAAAGUUUUGAGUGCUAACCCAGAGGCACCGCUGAGUAUUGAGUGCUUGAUGGAUGAAAAAGACGUCAAAGGAUACAUCAAAAGAGAUGAGUUUGAGAAUUUGGCUGCUCCAUUGCUGGAAAGGAUUAGUAUUCCAUGUCAAAAGGCUUUGCUAGAAUCAGGUUUAAGUGUUGAUAAGAUUCACACAGUUGAGCUUGUUGGGUCAGGUUCUCGGAUACCUGCCAUUACAAAGAUUAUAAAUUCACUUUUUAGAAAGGAGGCUGGUAGGACUCUGAAUGCAAGUGAGUGUGUCGCUCGUGGCUGUGCCCUUCAAUGUGCAAUGUUAGGCCCCAUAUUCCGAGUGAGAGAGUAUGAGGUAGAGGACUGCUUUCCUUUCUCAAUUGCAUUUGCAUCAGAUGAAGGGCCAAUCCGCUCCGUAGCUGACGGAGUGUUGUUUCCAAAAGGCAAUCCUUUUCCAAGUACAAAAGUUCUUACAUUGUACAGAAAUGAUAUAUUUCACAUGGAAGCUUACUAUGCAAAUCACAAUGAGUUGCCUUCUGGUGUCUCAACAGGAAUCAGCUCUUAUAAGAUUGGGCCAUUCAGAGUUCCCAAUGAAGAGAAGACAAAGAUAAAAGUCAAAUUUGAGCUAAAUCUGCAUGGAGUUGUCUCUAUAGAUUCUGCAUCUCUGGUAGGUGAUCAUGUGGACGAUUCUUCUGGACACAACAGCAUUGAUACCCAUUCAAAUGUUGAGCCUAGCAAUUCCGAGUCAUCUAAGAAAUCAAAUGGUCCUCUUGGUCAUGAGAUGAGACGGCUAAUGGCUGUCAGACGACAGAACAUAUUGGUGGAUGAGAAUAUAUAUGGUGGGAUGGCACCUGAUGAGCUCUGCCGAGCUCAAGAGAAAGAGCUACAGUUUACCCAGCAAGAUAUAAAUAUGGAAAGGACCAAAGAGAAAAAAAAUGCACUGGAGGCGUAUGUAUAUGAAACGCGAAAUAAGCUUUUAGAUACAUACCGGAGCUUUGCCACUGAUUUCGAAAAAGACGAAAUUUCCAGUAACUUGCAACAAACUGAAGACUGGAUUUACGGAGAUGGAGAUGAUGAGUCAGAAAAUGUUUACACUGAAAGGUUACAGGAUUUGAAAAAGAUUGUGGAUCCGAUUGAAAAUCGAUACAAAGAUGAAGCAGCCAGGGAACAGGCCACUAGAAACCUAUUGAACUGCAUUGAGGAGUUUCGGGUGGCUGUAGGAUCACUUUCACCAAGUGCAAGGGAUGCAGUUAUUAGGGAAUGCAAUAAAGCAGAGCUGUGGCUCCAAGAGAAAAAACAGCAGCAAGACUUACUUCCUAAGAAUGCAGAUCCAGUAUUUUGGUCGAGUGAAAUCUCGAGAAAAGCUGAUGCUCUGCAUGCGAUGUGCAAACAUGUGACAGAAUCCAAGCAUGACCGAGAAUCAGACGUGAGAGGUAAACGGGAUGAUAUGGAAGUUGAUUGACGAUGUGCAUUUGAACAGGACUCUUUGAUUCUACGAAACCUAGUCCAGGAAAGCUGUUAUGUGGAUUUAUGGUGUUUUUGCAUGGUCAGCCAUCCUUGUCACCCAAAAUCUAAGCUGUUUGCUGAAUCUUCAACACAGUUGACAUAGUUAAGGUCCACUUUAAGUGAGAUAGAUCAGUUUGCCAUAUUUUUCAUCAAGAGUGCUACUUUCUAUAAGGAGUGAAUAAUAUAAUGGUGUGGCGUUUUUAUAGGCAAGUGUAAUAUUAAAGGUUGUUAAGCUGUCCUCUUUCUUUUGGUGAUAUUGAAUGAACAAUGGGUAAAAGCACUAGGCUUCACAUGGUUCCUUGACCCUUGUUUGUCACUUCUUACACAUGAUUGCUUCAAGUGUGUUGAAUUGAAUCUCAGUUUAACUCGAGUCUUAAAUGUCAAGAAUCGUUUUUGAAGCACAUUCUGUGGCAAUGAAUUGUUUUGCAUUUUUUUA